UAAAAAUACUCUUCAUAAUUGAGGUAGCCGGCAAAAAUUAAAAAAAUGAUAGAAACAAAUAAAUAUACAGAAAAAACAAUACCCAGGGAAGAUAUAGUCUACGUUGUUGAAUUUUGUAAUACAGAAACAUCUUCACAGCUUUUAGCAGUUGGAACGGAUUCAAAAAUUUCUGUAUAUCAGUGUAAAUUUCCGGAAGAGGAUGAAGAUGUAGAGGAGUUUGAGUAUGAUCAACUGUGUGACCUACAGAAUGGUUGCCGAGCAACAGCUAUAGCAUGGAGCCCAGAAACCACAAUCACUACCCUACCAAGAACUCUUAGGUUUGCCGUAGCUGGUAGUGACAGAAGGAUUAGAGUGUUUAGCACAGACUUAAAGGGGAAUGACUCUGUACAGAUUCUAGAGGGACAUACAGACUUUGUGAACUCACUAACCUUUGACCCAGAUACUGGGGACCAGCUUGCUAGUGUAGGAGAUGACAGAUGGUGCCAGAUCUGGGAUAGAGAAGGGAACCAGCAUUUGAGAUUUCCUCUUAGUGCCCCUGGAAUGUCUGUCUGUUGGCAUAGAGAGGAACCUAUGAAGGUGAUGGUUGGUCAGAAAAAUGGAGUUAUUAAGAUAUUUAGCCUUAGUGGACAACAACAGUUGAUGUCAUUUGACACAGGACAGGUGCCCCUUAUGGAGGCAGAUUGGAGUGUAGGAAACAAGGGACUUCUUGUUGGAGCUGUAGCAGGCACAGACUGGUUCAUGUUUGAUGUGUCUGUAUCAAGUCGACCGGUUGAGAGACGCCAGAUACAUGUUGAAGGUGCACGACAUUUCCGCUGGGCAAAAUGUCAUGAUUCCCUUGUUGCUACAGUAGGGAGACCAGGCCGCCAGAUCAGAGUGUUCAAUACCAAACAUCAGCAGACACCAUUGACAAUAUCUCAGCCAAUUACAUACAGCAUCAGUUGGCAUCAGAAGUUUCCUGCCCUUGCAGCAGGCGGCGACCAGAAAGUUCAUAUUUAUAUGUUUGAUUCAUUAUAGUGCCCUCUUGUUGUAAAAUAAAUCAUAAAAUGUU